AUGAAGCUGAUCCCGAGCAAGUGUCUGUUCGACGCUAACAGUGAACAUUUCCUCGGAUAUAUUGUCACCAAACGGGGUAUCAAGAGCAAUGGCCAGGUGGAAGUCACAAACCGGGAGAUCCUUAAAGGCUUACAAGCUCGGCUCGAACACGUCAGGGGCAGCUUGGUCGACGAGCACCCGAGUGUCAUAUGGGCAUUUCACACGACUCCAAAAGAGGCGACCGGCGUAACACCAUUCCAGCUGGUGUAUGGAGGAGAAGCGGUACUCCCCAUAGAGGUUGGAGUAGAAUUCGACCAGGUGCAACUCUACGAUGAAGAAAAUGCCAAGCGGAGGUUAAUGGAGCUCGACUUGGUGGAUGAAUCAUGGGAUAAAGCCACUAUCCAGCUAAUGGCAUACCGACAGCGGAUGAGGCAGAACUACAACUGA